CUGUACUGUACCUGUGCUCACCUGGCGGUGCUGGGAACGGCUGUACUGUACUGUACCUGUGCUCACCUGGUGGUGUUGCUUUCCAGCGCUGCUCCUGCUGUGAACCUUCUCAAGUGGCUCUUUGUUUAAAUAAAACAUGCACAGAUGGUCAUGUUUGUACACAGAUCCAAAGGUUUGUAAAUAGCCCUCAGAUUAUUAAUUCUUUAUUGGUUACAUUUCAUCUACUCUGCAAUCAGCAUUUAGUUUUGCAAAGGAAACUGUUACAGAUAACCAAAGUUUGUUUAUGUAACCGAGGCACGCUUGCUGACGGUUCGCUGGUGUCUGGUAGCUCUGGAUUUACAGUCCUGCGGCAUGAGCUCUCCCAGCCGCCGCAGGCCCGCUGCGCGAUGGGCCGAGGGGCCGUUCCUCUGCAGCUGAGGCUGUGCUCCCGCGCACGGCUCCGGGAGGGCGCCUGCCGUCCCCAGCACCCGCCUGUCCGGGGACAGCCGCUGCCAUGGCCCAGCAGGAGACAGAGCAAUCACCUGUGAGCUGCACGAGUGAGCAAUCACCUGUGAGCUGCACGAGAGUGAACAAUCACCUGUGUGCUGCACGAGAGUGAACAAUCACCUGUGAGCUGCACGAGUGAGCAAUCACCUGUGAGCUGCACGAGAGUGAACAAUCACCUGUGAGCUGCACGAGAGUGAGCAAUCACCUGUGAGCUGCACGAGAGUGAACAAUCACCUGUGUGCUGCACGAGAGUGAGCAAUCACCUGUGAGCUGCACGAGUGAGCAAUCACCUGUGAGCUGCACGAGAGUGAACAAUCACCUGUGAGCUGCACGAGUGAGCAAUCACCUGUGAGCUGCACGAGUGAACAAUCACCUGUGAGCUGCACGAGAGUGAACAAUCACCUGUGAGCUGCACGAGUGAACAAUCACCUGUGAGCUGCACGAGAGUGAACAAUCACCUGUGAGCUGCACGAGUGAACAAUCACCUGUGAGCUGCACAAGAGUGAACAAUCACCUGUGAGCUGCACGAGUGAACAAUCACCUGUGAGCUGCACGAGAGUGAACAAUCACCUGUGAGCUGCACGAGAGACCAGCGAGCAGAGGGGUUCCCUGGCAAAGUGCCGAACCCGGUGCUCCCCUGCCCGGCUGCUGAGCGGGCUCUGGUGUGUCAGUGGGUCUGCUCCUGCAGCCCUUCUCAGGUUGCGGUCCUGGGCAUGGUUCUGCCUUCAUAAGAACGUAGAGGUUUGUCAUCAUGUCUGAGGGGAAGGGCAGUCAAAGGCCGUUUUACCUUUGCAGGAGUCGGAGGCGCAGGCGGGGUGGCCGAUGAGUGUGGGAAAGCCGGGGUCUCCUCGCUGCAGGCGGGUGGCUCCCUGUCCCGCUCAGUGCCCUGCCCCAGCGCCUGGUCCAGCUCACCCGCCCACACCGCGGCGGAAGGAGGAGUCCACAGCCGUGUCCCUGCUCACAACGCGCCCGGCCUCGGUCCCUGUGAACACAGGCUGAGGCAGAGCCAGAGCUCACAGCGCUUGUCACCUGCUCGGCAAUUUCAGCCUGACGGGAAAAUCUCCAUGGAUUUAUGUGCGACUGUGGGGUGGUUCUUUCGCAUUUUGGCUCUGAAGGAAGACCACGGAUAGCUCACCUAAGCCUCCGGAAUGCCCACGUGUGUAACAGAACCAUCUCGGCAUUUUGCACGGCGCAGCAGUUCGUUUAGUCCAUGGAGUGGGACGGAGAUGGAAGGGAUGUCCUCCCCGUGCUGCCGGGAGGAGAGAAAAGAAAAUGUGACACGGCAGGCGACAGGUGUGUGACUGCAACCGGCCCAGCUGUGGCCUCUUUCCACUGGCUCUUCUUGCCACAGAGCUGGCCUUCAUCCCUGGGACUGGAGCGUGAGAGGCACAGGGCUCGUGUCCUUCAGGAAAGGUCUGCACAAACACACCCCAAAGGCUGGUGCUCCAAGAGCUCCUGCCUGUGCUGCCCAUCCUCACGCCAUGUGCCGACCUCCAUCUGCUGCCAUGUGCCGACCUCCAUCAUCUGCUACCAUGUGUCAACCUCCAUCUGCUGCCAUGUGCCGACCUCCAUCAUCUGCUGCCAUGUGCCGACCUCCAUCUGCUGCCAUGUGCCGACCUCCAUCAUCUGCUACCAUGUGCCGACCUCCAUCAUCUGCUACCAUGUGCCGACCUCCAUCAUCUGCUGCCAUGUGCCGACCUCCAUCAUCUGCUGCCAUGUGCCGACCUCCAUCAUCUGCUACCAUGUGUCGACCUCCAUCUGCUGCCAUGUGCUGACCUCCAUCAUCUGCUACCAUGUGUCGACCUUCAUCUGCUGCCAUGUGCCGACCUCCAUCAUCUGCUGCCAUGUGCCGACCUCUAUCAUCUGCUACCAUGUGCUGACCUCCAUCUGCUGCCAUGUGCCAACCUCCAUCAUCUGCUGCCAUGUGCCAACCUCCAUCAUCUGCUGCCAUGUGCCGACCUCCAUCAUCUGCUGCCAUGUGCCAACCUCCAUCAUCUGCUGCCAUGUGCUGACCUCCAUCAUCUGCUGCCAUGUGCCGACCUCCAUCAUCUGCUACUAUGUGUCGACCUCCAUCUGCUGCCAUGUGUCGACCUCCAUCUGCUGCCAUGUGCCAACCUCCAUCAUCUGCUGCCAUGUGCCAACCUCCAUCAUCUGCUGCCAUGUGCUGACCUCCAUCAUCUGCUGCCAUGUGCCGACCUCCAUCAUCUGCUGCCAUGUGCCGACCUCCAAUUGCUGCCGCGUCCCGCUCGUGCCCCCGCAGUGGGGAAUUUCAGUGAGGACGGCCCGAGUCUGUGCUUGCCCAGCGCCCCCAGCCGCCCCGGCCCCGCCCGCCCCACUGCGCGUGAAGGACGGCGGAUGCUUUGUACCCUGAGACUGGUUUUGGGGUCGGGCAGUUGCCGCGUGAAGCCUCGUGCCUCCGGUGCUGCUGCCUGGCCCACGAGCCCACCCCGGUGUUCCCCAUCACCAGACCUGCCCACGUGCCGGCUGUCCCCUCCACAGGCACCAGCCCUGCCCCAGCUCGCGUGUCCCCUGUUCUCCUGCCCCACCUGGGGUGUCCCCCGUCCCCUGCCCUGUCCCUGUCCCCAGCUGGGGUGUCCCCUGUCCCCUGCCCUGUCCCUGUCCCCAGCUGGGGUGUCCCCCGUCCCCAUCCCUGUCCCCAGCUGGGGUGUCCCCUGUCCCCUGUCCCCAUCCCUGUCCCCAGCUGGGGUGUCCCCUGUCCCCUGCCCUGUCCCUGCUGCUCCUCUGGGCUGGCAGAUGUUCUGCAGGUCUGGAGCUGUCGAGGCUGCCUCUGCUUUCUGCCCAGCGCUCCCUCAAGUGUCUUCUCAGUUUUCUGCUCCGUCGCUCACCUGACGUCCUUUUCUCAGCUCUACCUUUGAAAGCAGAAGGUGUUUGCUGUGGGGUUUGUUUUGUCCCCACGAAAAAUGCCUCACGUUUUUCUGGUUUUGCUGUUGUGUUCAAAAACCUGAAGGAAGCAAACGCAAAGAAGCGCAGUUAAUGUAACAUAUGCAGUCAGGUUUCAUAUUGCUUUGUCUCUUUUCAUUUGGCUGUGAGACUGAUGGUCUAUCAGGCUUCUGUCGUGCUUUAAAUAUGAAAACUUUUUGCAUGUUGUUAUUCUGGAACAUCAGCCUGACUUAUUUGCCGAUGCCUAAAAAAUUUAUUCUCAUUGUAAA